UCAUGUCCUCAUUUUUACAUAAUUUAUAGAAGUUAUGGCGCUAACAAAAGUGUACGAUGCGGCCACGGUGUUUAGGAACCUCAAUGGCAUUAUCAAUGUCUACAAGCCGGCUGGCAUGAAAGUUAAGCAUGUGCGCAAUGCCAUACUAAGCAACAUAUGCAAAGGACUCAAUGAUCUGGAACAACGUAAGCCACGUAAACUGCCAAAUGACAUGCGACUUCUGGGCACUGGCGCUGCCACAGACACUGUACUGCAUAAGAUAGCCGCCAAUACAGAUCUUUCGGACCACAUAUUGGCCAGUGGGCCCCGCUACUUGCCGGGCGAUAUUCGCUGCGCAGCUGUCAGUACACUAGGAUAUCACACAAGCGGCGUACUACUGUUUGGGCUGAACAAGGGGCUGCAACAGUCCAGCCUCAUACAGCGGAAUCGUCCAGUGCGGGUCUACCAUGUAACCGCUCGAAUGGGCACAGCCACAGAGAAUCACCUGCCAGACUCACGCGUAACAGUGCGCGCUAAUCACCGGCACUUGACACCGGAACGCAUUAGCGGAUUGGCCGCCUCGAUGCAGGCUUCACAUCAGCGGAAAAUGUUCGAGCUCUGCGGCGUGGACUUACAGACGCAGGCUGCCUACGAGCUGGCCUGCAAGGGACUGCUGCGACCCGCCGACAAUAGCCAGCCCGUCGUCUAUGGCAUCAAGCUCAUACACUUUGAACGACCUCAUUUCACUCUCGAGCUGCACACGAUCAACGAGAGCGAACAGUACAUGGCAGCCCUUAUCCACGACAUGGCUAUUGAACUACGCACUGUGGCGCACUGCUCACAGAUUCGUUGCAUACGCCACGCCCACUUUGAUGUGUCGGAGAGUCUGCUGCGCCAUGGGUGGCACCUGCCUGGCAUCAUGAAGAAUCUGCGACUGCAGCAAAGUGUACUCGAAGCGCAUCCGCAGCUGCUAGACCAGCAGCGCGUGGAUCUACAUGCUGCUCAAUAGCUAUUUAUAAAUAAUUC